AUGGUAAGCAUUGCUUCGACUACGACAAAAACUACGACUACAACAACAGUAACGACAUGUUAUAGUGGGAACAAUUUCGGUUUCACACCUCUGUUUUCUACAAGUGGGACAACUCCAUCGUCUUGGACUCAGUAUAGUUUUAAUUAUGUAGCAGCAACUACAACGCCGAUUCUCAUAUUUUCCUUCACCACUAAUUUGAAUAGUAACUAUUUUUUGGGUGAUGUGUCUGCUACAUUGAUUAGUUCACCGUCUAUUCAAUUACUGGCGAAUCCAAAUUUUGGCAAUUCAACAACAAUAGCAACAGACUGGCUAGUAUGGUGUAGUUACACUUGUACUGGUGGAGCUGGUGCACAGGUCACUUGGGGCACCAACUGCUAUUUAUCUACUGGUAACUGUUUUUUGGUUGAUUGUCCGGAUACUGGUAGUGGGGCAAUUGUUUAUCUUGGCCAAUCUUUUUCGGCUACGAUCGGUAGCACGUAUAAAAUUGAUUUUUGGUUGCGGAUGGCUUAUGGAGGAGGAAGUACUAGUUUAACUCUAUUCAACGCUUUUAUUCAAUAA